GCGAAGGGAGCAGCAAGACGGACUCGCUGGAUUAAGCACAUGGGCGACACUGGAUCUAAUAAGUCUGUCAGGACGUUAUCACUUCGGGUUUUUAUCUUCUGCUUGGCUUUCCUUCGGAGUCCCGUUCAAGGUGAACAUCGGCUGAUCGUGUCGUCCCGUCUGGUCUCGGCCGCCCCCGGAGACGACGUCCUGCUGCCGUGCCGCCUGGAGCCCCAGCUGGACCUGCAGGGCCGGGCGGUGGAGUGGUCCAGGAGCCAGGAGGACCCGGCGCUCGGGCCCAGGACCUACGUGCACCUGUACAGGAACGGGGGGGAGAUGCGCCACAUCAUGACGCCGUCCUACGUGGGCCGGACGUCGCUGUCCCGGGACGGCCUGGGCCGCGGGGACGUGUCUCUCACCAUCAGGGCCGUGAGCGCCGACGACGACGGCACCUUCAGGUGUUUCAUCCCCUACCUGAACCAAGCGGCCAGCGUCCGGCUCGUGGUUGACCCGAUGUUUGUCAGAACCCCGACGACGGGAACGCCGCGGCCUCCAGGCGACGUUUCAACUCCACGUCCAGGAGACGAGACGCUCUCGGACGAUCUCCGGUCCAGACUCCCCGUCUGGAUCUCGUCUGCGGCGCUCGUCUUCGUCGUGGCUCUUUCUGCCGCCGGCGCUGGUCUGGUUAGAAACCGCCGGGGGAAGCAGCAGGAGAAACUAAACUGUGAAGCUGGAGGACGAGUCUCUUCUGAAACAUGUUGUGCAGGAUGCUGCAGCCGCCGCUGGCCGGAUCUCGUCUGCCGAGCCUUCACGACAUCCUGGCGUAAACACGACCCCGCCACGUCAGACGGAGACGCUCUCUCCUCGGACGGGGCGUUGACGACGUCGGCCCUCCUGGACCGCCCAUCGGGCCACGUUUGACUUUCUGAGACUAUUAUUGACAUUAUAGAUGCAACAUGAAUAAAACUGAACUGAAACAGAAAACCUCCUUCCUCUGGGUGGAACCCUGAGAGAGAGCGAUGAGACGGACGUGACGGGGAGUCGGCAGCUGCUGGAGGACUUGCAGAAACCAGAAAACCACGCUCUGUUGGGCGUGAACACACCUCAACCUUCAACCUUCAACCUUCACCCGCCUCCAGGCUGCAGCUGCUGGUUCUAAAUGUUUUACUAAGGCCACGUUUCCACAGAGCCGGGUAUUUCUCAAAAACUGAUAUUUCCCCCUCUACGUUUUGAAAAAUACCAUCAUUUCCAGGAACCUGCAUAAAUAUCUGUUAAGGUGCUAUGAGCAGCCAAACCUACAGGGGGCAGUGUAACGAGAAGAUAAAGUCAUGCUAGCCAAUCAGAAUCCUGGAAAAAAACAUCAACAAAUGACACGAGUAACUUCCAGUUACUUCCAAGAUGAACGAGAGUCUUUGGUUUGGAGUGACAGAGAAGUGGAGUUACUUCUCAACAUUUUGACUUUUUUCUCGACAUUUCGACUUUUUUCACAAAAUUUCAACUUUUUUCUCUAAAUUUCAACUUUUUUCUCGACUUUUUUCACAAAAUUUCAACUUUUUUCACAAACUUUCAACUUUUUUCUCUAAAUUUCGUCUUUUUUCUCAACUUUUUUCACAAAAUUUCGACUUUCUUCUCAAAAUUUCGACUUUCUUCUCAAAAUUUCGACUUUUUUCUCAAUAUUUCCCCCUCUAGGUUUUGAAAAAUACCAUCAUUUCCAGGAAAAGAAAUUGUGAAAAAAGUUAGGAAGAGUUUUAUUUAAAGAAUCCAUCUAUGCUCCCGCCUCCGUCCGUCCCUCACACCCAGCAGUUCUUCACUUCACUAUUGCACUUUACUCUUGUUUUACGUCUUGUACUUUGUUUUUUAAUUGGUUGAUUUUUUUAUCGUCCUUUUUUACGGCGCCUAUAAAUAAAAUAUAUUAUUAUUUA